AUGGAUCCUGUUACAGAGCCUCAUCCAAGUUCCAGCAACUCAAACUACGCUUUUAUCACACAUUCCCAGGAGACACUUCCAAGGAAUCUGCCUCCCUCGAUUGAUAACGCGAAUCUUGCCCGUCGCCGUCGAAGGCGCACUUCGGUCCACGAUCAGGCAAUUUUGGAGGAGGAAUAUCGCAUAUGUGAUCGCCCGGACAAGACCAAACGGAAGGAGAUUUCGAGUAGGGUGCAGAUGGGCGAAAAGGAAGUGCAGAUCUGGUUCCAGAACAAGCGGCAGUCGGCGCGCCGUAAGGCCAAGCCCUUGCUUCCUCACGAAAUCAUCCCAAACACCACCACCAACAAUAGUAACAAUAAUAGCAGCCAACAAUAUUCAAGUCAGCAGGAGUACUCACAACAAGGAAUGAUGAUGCCGUCAUCAUCCCAGUACUCAUCUUUUAACAAUUCCCAGCAGUCACUCUCAAGGGAGGAUAUAAGACAUAUGAGCACGUCUUUCAAUUCGGACUCCCACCAACACCGCCGCUGCGUUAGCGUGUCAUCAGGGAUCGACUUCGGUAGCCCACAACCACAACGUCUGGCAGAUCGCGGAUCGUUCAGCAGCGACGUGUCGGCCUCUCAAGAGAGUGCAAGAUCUAGAAGUCAGCCAAUUUAUCUCGGCCUUAGCGACGCGGAUCCUGAUGAAGAUUUUGAUGACGAUGACAUUGGCGAAGCAGAAGCAGAAGAAGAGGAGUUGUGUCUGAGGGAAAGCAGAACUGUAGAGUCCCCUCACCACCACCGCCCGCCCCAACUCCGUUACGAGCCCUCGUACUACAGUAAACGUCAGAAGCUCUCAUCACGGGACAACCACCUUCUAGCUCUUCUUCAGCAGUCCUCACCCCCAACUUCUUCUAUUCCCAGCCAGGAAAGCCAACGUCAACAGAACGUCUCGCUUAGUAGUAGGAACGACCAGCCAGAACCAGAAAUGACUACCUCGGCACACCAACGUCUACAGGAUGUUCUCACAUUCAUGCAGGACACCAUCUCCUCCUCCACCCCCGCCAAACCAACCUUCACUAAUUCGAGGCGAACCAACCCCAACCCCAACCCCACCACGCCCCAUGCCCCACCUCGCCUGCUAAAACGCACUUCAUCAAUUCGACUCUCUACCUCCCUUGAGGGCAAGGCCACUAUCGUACUCGAUGAGGAACCAGAAUCUCCGCCUUCUUCGCAGCAAACACUUCCUACUCCGAAAAGGCCAUCUCCAAUUGCCAGUAGUGGCCCGCCCAGGAAGAUUGUUGAUAGUAAGAUAUGGGAGUUUUAUUGCGACAACCAGGCCAUGAUUCGCUCGCCAGCUACUCACGCGAGCCUUCAGACCGCUGCGGAGGCUAAAGAGGCCCUAGGUCUCCUCCGGAGAAAAAGCAGCCAUUCAAAGCUCCCACCUGCUCUACCACAGAGUAGUCCUGUUGCACGCCGGAAGCACGGAGGCAAGCUUCCCCAACCUUCUUCGCCAACAAAAGCGAAGAAGUCUCGUAAAAUCCUCUCGGCAAAACUAUCGCGUUCGAAAGCUGUUCCAGUCGCCAAAACAUCAGCCCCAGGCAAGAAAUUGGUCGAUGGUCUCCCGUCAGAGCUGGGUCAGGAAAGCGAUAAAGAGAACCGCCCGCCUGGGGCCCCAGUCUCGCCACCUCCAGAGCCAAGACGCGGUGGUAAGGGUGAAGCCAAGAAGGCCCCCGCCGAGAAGCCCAGCAGGAAGAGGAAGAGGAAUACAACUGCAGCCGAUGAGAGGAGGAUUCUUGAAGACCACAAGACUAUUCCGAGCCAGACCUCAGCGGUUUACGACGCCCCGAGCUCAUCGCAGGCCAUUGACAAUUUCAGGUCUGAUGGGCCGGCCCACGACGAGUAUGAGGUGAUGCUGAGCCAACGGAGCUUCAGCAACUACUUCGCAUCCAGUCAGGAAUCCGGCCCAGCGGUGAUGGAUGAGAUGGAGUGUGUGGAGAACUUGCUCAGCCUAAGAGGUGGAACUUGGAGAUAG